AUGGCUAGUUUUGGAAAAUUGGGAGAAUAUAGGCCAGACAAAGAAAGUGUAACAAAUUAUGUUGAACGAUUGGAACAAUUUUUCUGUGCGAAUGGGACACAUAAUGACAAGAAGGUGUCAAUGUUACUGUCAGUUAUUGGUGCGGAACCAUAUGGUGUUUUACGGAACUUGGUUCAACCGGCGUUACCAAAAGACAAGACGUUUGAACAGUUAGUAAAGACGCUCAUGGAUCACUACAUGCCCAAGCCGUUGGUUAUUUCGGAACGUUUUAAGUUCAAUAAACGUAAUCAAAGGGACGGGGAAAAAGUUUUGGACUAUGUAGUGGCGCUAAAGAAACUGGCAACCCAUUGUGAGUUCAAGGACUUCUUAAAUGAUGCAUUGCGUGAUUGGCUUGUCUGUGGAUUACAUUCAGAGCUGAUUCAAAGAAAACUGUUGUCAGAGGACAAUUUGACAUUUGACAAGGCUUGCCAAAUUGCAACUGCAAUGGAGAUGGCUGAGAGGGACACGGCUUACUUCCAGCCACAAGGAGCGUCGGGUGUCGUUGCAUCUGAAGUGAACAUUUUGCACAGAGGGAAAUCGGCAAAACAACAGAAAGGCAGCAAACAGGCUCAACAGUGGAAAAAGGGUUCAUCGAAGCGUUGCUUCCGUUGUGGAGAUGAACAUGAUCCUGAAAAAUGCCGAUUCAAGGGAUCGAAGUGCUAUAAGUGUAAUCGCAAGGGACAUAUAGCAAAAAGGUGUCCUUCGAUCAAAGAACGGCAAACACGUUACCUCGGGGAGGAAACUUCAUCAGAUGAGAGCGACUUAAAUAGUAUAUAUCAGUCGUCGUCUUCGGGUCCAUCUGCAAGGAAAAUCAUAGUGACACUGAUUCUAGGCGGUACCAAAGUCGAUAUGGAGCUCGAUACAGGAAGUUCUGUGUCAAUAGUUCCUGAGGAUAUAUACGAACAAGUUCUUGGCAAGUAUCCAUUGAGGGAUACAAAUGUAAAAUUGAAGUCAUAUUCUGGAAAUAGGAUCGAGUUGCUUGGGAAAUGCGAAGUUCCUGUGGAGUAUGAAAGCCAGAAAUAUAAGCUUUCGCUGUUAGUGGCCAAAGGAAAGCGACCAGCACUUUUCGGUAGAAAUUGGCUGGAGAAAAUACCACUCAAUUGGAGAGACAUUUUCCAUGUUCAGGAGAGCACAAAAGAAAUUUCAUUGGAGUGUGUGAAAAAGGAGUUUGAACACCUCUGGAAUAAUGAAAGUUCACGGAAUCUACCAAUUAAAGGUUUCAAGGCGCAUAUCAGAAUGAAAGACGGAGCAAAACCUAUCUUCUGUAAGGCUAGACCAGUGCCUUAUGCAAUUAAGGAAACGGUAGAACGAGAAUUUGAGCGCAUGGAAAAAGAAGGGAUUGUUUACAAGGUGAAACACAGCGAAUGGGCUACGCCACUGGUUGUGGUUCCAAAGCCAGAUAAAGGCGUGCGAAUUUGUGGAGACUACAAAGUUACAGUAAAUCGCGAAAUAAGUGAGGAACAGUAUCCAAUACCUAAUACAGAGGAUUUAUUUGCGACAUUAGCAGGAGGGCAAAAGUUCACUAAAUUGGAUCUGUCUCAGGCAUAUUCACAACUUGAGGUGGACAAAGAUUCAGAGCAAUUGUUAACUGUGAACACAUCAAAGGGACUUUAUCGCUACUGCAGAUUGGUUUACGGAAUAAGUAGCAGUCCAUCGAUUUUUCAGUCAGUAAUGGACAAAAUUUUGGCUAAAAUUCCAAAUGUGGUGUGUAGAAUUGAUGACAUAUUGAUUACGGGGCCGAAUGAUCAAUCGCAUUUGACUAGUUUGAGAGAAGUUCUAAAAAGAUUGAGUGAACACAACAUAAAACUGAACGAAAAGAAGUGUUCUUUUAUGCAGGACGAGGUGGUGUACAUGGGACAUUUGGUGAACAAACACGGCGUUCAGGCCACGAAAGACAAAAUCGAUGCCAUCAGAAACUGCCCGAAACCUGAAAAUGUGAGUCAGCUGAAAUCUUAUUUGGGCUUAAUUGGAUACUACCGGUCAUUUUUGCAAAAUCUUGCAUCACUCUUGCAUCCACUUCAUGGUCUCUUAAAAAAGGGAGAAAAAUGGGCGUGGUCGGCAGUUUGCGACAAGGCGUUCAAUGAAAGCAAGGACCUGGUAGUGAACAGUGGCUUAUUGGUUCACUGUGACAUGAAAUUGCCGGUGACGUUAGCUUGUGAUUCGUCAUCUUACGGCAUUGGUGCAGUGUUAUCGCAUAUUAUGGAAGAUGGGCAAGAGCGGCCUAUUGCUUUUGCUUCUAGGACACUGACGGACAGUGAGAAAAACUAUAGUCAGAUUCACAGAAAAUCACUAUCUCUAGUGUAUGGUGUGAAAAAGUUUCACAAGUACUUGUACGGACGCAAGUUUACCUUGAUAACCGAUCACAAAAGUUUGACAACUAUUUUGGGUCCGAAGAAAGGUAUUCCAACUAUGGCAGCAGCGCGUUUGCAGCGUUGGGCAGUUACGCUAUCCGCGUAUGAGUAUGACAUUGUGUACAGGAAAUCUGCAGAUCAUGGAAAUUGCGACUUUCUGUCACGUUUACCAGUAGCUGGUACGGACGCGUGUUACAUCGAAGAUGAGGGAAAUGUGUCCUAUGUCGAAGAAAUUCCCAUUUCUGCCAAUGAUAUUGCAGAAAUAACUAGAAAGCACCCGGUGUUGAGCAAAGUGUACGAGUAUACAAUGAAUGGCUUUGUGGUUGACGAGGCGAUGACAACGCCUAAAGUCAAUUGCGUCGACACGGAUAACUGCGAUUUUCUUAACGUGACAUACCACAUCUGCAACGAUGUUCAGCUUGCCAAGGAGCAUUGCAAACUAUUUUGUCGGCUUUGUGAUGCGGUCGACGGCUAUUGGUCAGACUGGGGUCAAUGGAGCGGAUGUGACGUUUCAUGUGGGAAAGGAACUAGGUCACGUGUCAGAUUGUGUGACAAUCCCGCGCCUACACAUGGUGGGGAUGACUGUGCAGGUUCCAAAGAUGAGCAUGACGUUUGCGUAUUAGAGAGUUGUCCGGUACAUGGCGGCUGGAGUGGAUGGACGGCCUGGGGAUCAUGUAGCGUCCCCUGCGGAGUCGGCCUUGAAAGACGGGACCGCAGUUGUGACAAUCCCUGGCCCUCCAAGGAUGGUAACCACUGCAACGGUGACAACAUGAACUACAGGGUGUGCGCCGAUGCUCUAUGUACAGAUGGAUGGGACAACUGGUCCGCCUGGAGCUCCUGCACUGUCACCUGUGGACAGGGACUGAAGAAUAGACACAGAGCGUGUAACGCCACAAUGGGGACUAUGUUAGGUGGAGGAUGCAUCGGCAACGACCAGGAACAGAUAGCGUGUAAUAUGACAUCUUGUGAUGUUGUUGUUCUGUUUUAUGCUCGCUCUCCUACAGACAGGUCGAUUUCUUCUAAUGAAAAAAUAGUGUAUGUGACAUCGACGGACAUUGGUCGGACUGGGGUCUAUGGAGCGGAUGUGAUGUCACGUGUGGUGAUGGAUCUCGGUCACGUGUCAGAACAUGUGACAAUCCCGCAGCUGAGCAUGGAGGAGUUGACUGUGUCGGUUCACAGAAUGAUCAAGAUGUUUGCGCAUUGGAAACCUGUCCAGUACAUGGCGGCUGGAGUGGAUGGAUGCAUUGGGGCUCCUGUAGCGCCUCAUGCGGAGUCGGCCUACAGAGACGGGAUCGCAGUUGUGACAACCCCUGGCCGUCCAAGGACGGCAACCCCUGUAAUGGAGACAACAUCAAUUACAGAGUGUGUGCCUAUGCUUUAUGCGCAGAUGGAUGGGAAAACUGGUCCGACUGGAGCUCUUGCAGUGUCACCUGCGGACAGGGGCUGA